AUUACAAAAUAUAUCAUAUACCAUUCGUUCUGUGGACUGCAACAUAGCCGCAACUGCAAAUAUAAAUACUGAAUGCAGAAAAAUGGGAUCUACAUCUUUGGGCAGACGCCUCGUUGCUUGUCUCCUCAACGUCUCUGAAGCCCGAAGGAAAGAUCUGGUGGAAACCGUGGCCAAAGCAGCGCUGUAUGACCCUAAAGGUUUGAGACGAGAAGGCACCACGGUCCUGAACAUUUUUAAUGACCAUGACUAUAACCGCUCCGUCAUCACUAUAGUGUCCGCCAUCGACUCCAUCCGGGAGGUGGUGCUGUCUGCCUGUGAAAAGGCCUGUACUCUCAUAGACAUGCGCUCACACAGAGGAGUCCACCCCUGCCUCGGAGCCGUGGACCUCAUCCCCAUUUACCCCCUCGGAGAAGACGUCCUGCCCCAAGACUGCGCCAGAGAGGCCAGAGCCGUCGCAGAGAGCCUGACAGAACGCGUCCAGGGCACCAGUGUGUUCCUGUUCGGGUGGGCUGACUCCCCUCUACGGCGCGGCCUGGCUCAGAGGAGGAAGGAGAUGAACUGGUUUAAGAAGAACCCAGACUUAAACCAGAUCAAACCAGACCUGGGACCUGCUCCUGAGAGACAGUACGGACUAACAGGUGUCGGUGCCAGCCCCUACGUCAUGAACUGUAACGUCACCAUCGACUCUCAGGACAUUGAACUGGGUCGCAGCAUCGCCUCUGCCAUCCGCGAGUCCGCCCAAGGAGGAAUCCCCGGGGUGCAAGUCCUGGCCCUACCACACGAGGGCGCUGUAGAGAUCGCCUGUAACGUAGAAAGCGUUAAAGGAGAACCGCCGAGUCAAGAAUGGCCCGUUUUUGAUAUCGGCGGUCAGCCAUAUUGUCACGCCCCCGCCUCCGUCAUCACGGCGAGAGUGUCGGAGUUAGCAGCGGCAAAGGGGGCGGGGACUAAAGGUACGGCGAUAGUGGGGUUUACCCCCCGAGAGUGCAGGGGCCUGGCGGAGCUGGCACUGUCCCGGGACAUUGGAGAGUUUUGGAGGGAACAGCGGAGGAUUCGAAUGUGAAACCGAUGAGGAGGAGGAAGAGGAGGAGGAAGAGUGGACUGAAAAAAUGAAGCUAAAUCACAGUUUGAAUGGUUGAAAUUGGCCACAAAGGCUGUAAUAAUUAAUGCAAUUUAACAUGAUGUAAAUAUAUCAGAAUCAGAAUGACUUUUAUUCAUCCCCCAGAGGAAAUUAUUUUCAUUACAAACAUGCAGCCAACCAGCAGGAGAAUAGAGUUAUCAGGAAUAAAGUUAAGACGAUUUAAAUGAAACAUAAAGCAGCGCUCAAUAAAGAUGAAGCUGACGUGCCUCUUGACUCUGUUAUUGUGACUUCAGGAUUUGUCA